AUGGAGGCGCGUCGGACGGCCAAGCCUAGGAGGCAGUGGCCGCGGGCGGUGGCAGCGUCUGCGCUGAUCCGGGCGAUUGUGGCCGCGCAGAUUUGGCCAGAGACUGUGGGCGGCGGUGGUGGAUUACAAGAGGACUUCUCUACAUCGCCCCUGGAGAUCCUGCCGUCGAGGGCUCACCCUGACUGGACGCGAGAGGAUGGGAAUGCAUUUGCUCGUGAGCACAAACAGAUAUUCGGACCUGCAAGCCUUGUUGGUGGGGGCCUAACCAGUGAAAGGGAAAGAAUGGCAGCACAGGUUUUUCAGACUGGUUACAGGUUUUGUCCGAUGAGGAUGAAGAACCCUACUGAUGCCAGUAUUUAA